AUGCUCAAUUUCGGCAAACAGUUAUCACCUUGGUCACAACCUGUUUUUGCCACGUCGUCGCCCAGACCUUUGAAGCGACGAAGGGAGAGCAACGCCGCGAUAACGUCGCAACCAGCUACUAUUUCUCCUGCGCUGAAGCAGCCGAGGACAAGUGAUGACGACAACGAUCGUGACCGCCCCACGCCGCUCAAAAAGGCAAAGCCGUCGCCGGUGACAGAAGCCGGCGCAUCGCUGUCAACGUCGCCAAAACCCGACAUGGAGCGAGCGAGGGACGCUAUCGAGCAACAGUUCAGUCUCGAGAUACUACUGAAACAUGAUGAGCUGCGACUCAUUAACCAGGAACUUGCCAAGUGUCAGGUCGCUUUGGAGCAGCUACGCAGGUGUCACCUGAUACCGUAUCCAGUCAACGUUCCCACGCCUGAGCAGAUGCUGAACAUCACUAACGGGUCUGGCCCGGCACUGCAACCAAAGCUGGGUGAUAAGCUGCCUCAGUGGGCUCCGCCGUUUGGUGUCACCGACGGCCCGUAUGCCCGGCACUAUGCCAAGUGGCUCAUACCAGAUCCCAAGUUCGACGGCAUUCAGCCUGGCAUUCUGGCGCACUCUUCUGAUGGGACGCGGUUGAGGACUUCGAUGGACGGUAGAUCGACGAGGAAUAGUUUCACCGACUUCACUGCAUCGCAAAGCAAGGGUAGGCCGGUAAGAGGGACGGCAGGUCAGAAGCUCCAAUCUCUCUCAAGUGGCUACGCUCCGCCCAAGGAUAAGAAUGGCCCUUGCGUGUUGAAGCGAUCCGAUGGCAAGACAGUGAAACUUGUCUGCAUUGACUGCCAUCGCGAAAACUUCUCCAGCACACAGGGGUUCAUCAACCAUUGCCGUAUAGCACACAAGCGAGACUUCAAGAGUCACGAGGAAGCGGCCGUUCAUUGUGGUCACGAAAUCGAAGUCACCGAUAAUGGUGGAAUAGUAGGCGAGGAGAAGCCCGGUACCCACAGUGCUCUCCCUUCCGGUCUUGUCCAUCCGUUCGUACACGCGAACGCCAUGGCCGAGUCGGAAGCUUGCUUUUCUGUUGUGCGUCGCAUCCAGCAGUCGAUGGAGCUGUACAAGAAGGGUCAACUGCCUGGCAAUGCAUCGUCACCUGUCUCACAAGCGGCGUCAAGACCUCGGCCGGUGGUCAAACCGCCGCCAACGUUCUCUGCAUCGCCUGACUCGCCUCACCUGUCCCGUCUACUGCAAAGCCGAGGUUUCAACGGCAAUCUGGGAGCGUCGCUCAGUGAUGCUAAGACCAAGGUAGACCUUGCUCAAUUCUCUUCCCUCGACGACGACGAGGAAGAAGACGGUGAUACGUCUGGGGUAGUUGAUGCUAGUUCCACUGGCGACCAGGCCCAGUCUCACGCUGUGAGGAUGCGCGUUCCUGCUAGAGCCACGAUGUCACCAGCUGUGAGCAUAGCUCGCCCGAGUAGUAGCAAAGGUCCAACACCUCUUGCACCUUAUGCUACACCCGUGCCAACCCCGACCCCACGAGUCGCGUCUGGUCCCGAACCCGAGAUACUCAUGGACGCGGACAUGUUGGACCGCGCAGACCUAAGCCCAAAUACUGCCGUCAGCAACAAUGCACCAUCACUUGUUAGCGACGAUGGCGAAUACGAUGACUCGGCAGAUUCCGACUCGGAGAUGGGCGACAGCAUAGGUGCUCAGUCCCUCUCCACUGUUGAUGAGGUUGACCUGGAAAUGGAUCAUCCCGGUGCUCAGGGUCUUCGGCAUCAUGGCUCGAGUGGCGCAGGUGCCGAGACGACAGUGCGGUUCGGCGAAGAUGACAGUAAGCAUGUCACUUUCGUAGGUCCCGUUAAGAACAAGGGAAACGGGAAGAAAUGA